AUGGCUGAUAAAAAGACAUUUGACUAUCAUUCCAUCUUUUGUGGUCUAUCAGCUGAUGUAGGUCGAUUUCGUUUAGCACAAAGCGGUAUGGGCUGGAAAGGGCCCCGUGAUCGUACUGUGCUUAUUUCUCCUGAUGAUGUCAAAAAGACAAAUUGGAUGAGAGUAGCUCGAGGAUACGAGUUGCGUGUGACCAUGAAAGAUAAUGUGGUUCAUAAAUUUGAUGGAUUCAAAUCUGAAGAUUUUGAAGAACUGCGAGAUGCCUUAAAAUUACUCUAUCGAUUGAACCUUGAAGUAAAGGAGAUUAGUGUUAAAGGCUGGAAUUGGGGAAAGGCUGAUUUCCAAGGAUCCAACUUGAAUUUUACUGUGAGCAACAAGUUGAUGUUUGAAUUGCCUCUUGCCAAAGCCAUUGCUACCAACAAACCCGGUAAAAAUGAAGUUGCCAUCAACUUUGUAGAUCCUGGUCAACCUGCACCCGAAGGCAUCAAUCCUAAAGAGAUGGACGAACUGAUGGACUGCACCUUUUAUGUUCCUGGUACAGUGUCCAAAGAAACCGGAGAUGAUGAAAAUAGUAUUGAGGAUGAAGAAGAAGUGAAUGCAGACAUGGUCUUUUACGAAACGGUCAAAUCAAAGCUCGAGUUCAGUCAAAUGACAACCGAAAACAUUGUACAGUUCCAGGAAAUUUUGAGUUUGACUCCUCGUGGCCGUUACAACAUCGACAUGUACCAAGAUUUCUUGCGUUUGCGUGGUAAAACUUACGAUUACAAGAUUCUUUACUCCAAUAUUGUUCAGCUCUUCCUUUUGUUAAAACCUGAUGACGUUCAUGUCUUGUUUGUGAUCGGUUUGGAUCCUCCUCUUCGUCAAGGUCAAACAAAGUAUCCAUUCCUCGUCUUCCAAUUUGUGAGAGAAGAAGAGAUUGAUAUUGAUUUAAAUUUGGAAGAUUCAGUUUUAGAGGAAAAGUAUGAAAACAAGCUUCAGAAACACUAUGAUGCACCUACCUACGAAGUUGUCAGCAAUGUAUUCAGAGCAUUAACAGGCCGAAAGGUGACAUCUACUAGCACUUAUCGUAGUCACCACGGCGCAUAUGCUUUGAAAUGUUCAAUGAAGGCCAACGAAGGCUUUUUGUAUCCAUUGGAGCGUAGCUUAUUGUUCAUUCCCAAACCGCCUACAUAUAUUCCUAUCAAUGAAAUUGGUGUUGUCACCUUCUCUCGUGUUGGUCAGUCAGGCGGUAGCUCGCGUACGUUUGAUAUGAAGUUCCGCAUGACAAGUGGUGCAGAUAUUCAGUUCUCUAGCAUCAAUCGUGAGGAAUAUGCUAAUAUUGAAGACUAUCUAAAACAACGAAAGAUUAAGAUCAAGACAGAAGCAAACGAAGACACAGUGAUUUCAUACACUGAUCUUGCUGAUCUGGAUGAAGAUGAAGAUGAUGAGGAUGGAGAGGAUUAUGAAGCCAGUAGAAAGAGACGAAGAGUGGAAAAUAAGGGUGGUAGCUUGGAUGAAGAAGAUGAAGAAAGCCCUGAUGAGGACUUUGCCCCUGAGAGUGAAAGUGAUGUUCCUGAAGACUAUGAUUCAGAAGCUGAAGAUUCAGCUGAUGGAAAUGUAUCAGAAUAA